GUUCUGAAAAAGGGAGCUCUGCGUCUUUAAGGCUCCACGGAGCUCCGUCUCUGCUCGACGCAGACAGACCAGCUCUGCCGCAGCGACUCAUCCUAUCGAUAAGGUUCACUUAGCCAAGGUGGAGGAUGGGAAAAGAAUGGAGCUGUCCCAGCUACUCAAUGAGAUCAGGGCAAACUAUGAAAAGCUCCUCACGAGAAAUCAGAUAGAGACCGUGCUCUCAACAAGGAUCCAGCUAGAAGAAGAUAUGAGCAAAAAAAUGGACAAAGAUGAAGAGGCUUUAAAGGCAGCUCAAGCAGAACUCAAGGAAGCUCGACGCCAGUGGCACCACCUGCAAGUGGAAAUUGAGUCUCUCCAGGCGGUGGAAAGGGGCCUGGAAAACUCCCUACAUGCCAGUGAGCAACAUUACCAGAUGCAGUUGCAAGAUCUAGAGACGGUGAUUGAAGGACUAGAAAAAGAGCUACAGGAAGUAAGGCGCGGCAUCGAAAAGCAGCUUCAAGAGCAUGAGAUGCUUCUCAACACGAAGAUGAGGCUAGAACAAGAAAUUGCCACUUAUCGCCGCCUCCUAGAAAAGGAAGAAAUCAGAUAUUAUGGUUGUAUCCAAGGUGAGAAAAAAGAACAGAAACCUACGACAAGUAGAGUUGGUUUUGUUUUACCUUCAGCCAUUAUAAAUGAAAUAUCUUUUUCAACGAAACUCCCACAAAAGUAUGAGAACGAAAAAGUGGAAACAGUGACCAAACAGGCAGUACUAAAUGGAAAUCUCGUGAAGGAAAGCACUGAGGCUCGUGGCACUAUUCAGACAGAAAAAGUGGAUGAAGUUAUUAAAGAAUGGGAAGGCUCCUUCUUUAAAGAUAACCCUCGAUUAAGGAAAAAAUCGGUUUCUCUUCGAUUUGAUCUUCAUUUAGCAGCCACUGAUGAAGGGUGUUUACAGACUAAGCAGGAUAAUCUACCAGAUAUAGAAGUCAGGCUUAUCAUGAGAAGAUCAUGCAGUAUCCCCUCUAUCAAACCUCCAUCAGGAGCUAAUUAAUCCAAAGACAGUAUUUGACUUGAUUUGAAAAUGACAUUAGGGUGGACCAAGGUGGGCCAUGCUGACUGCCUUCUGUCCCAAAAUGUAAGUUAUUAAGUUUGUAUGUUAUGAUCAAUGUGUGAUUCUCUUCAGAAAACAAACAGGAAGGGACAAAAUUUCUCUGAAUCUAAUUACGGAUGUAUUCUUUGAAGAGAGGGAGUUUCAAAAUAAAAUCAGAAAUUCAGUAUGGUUUCUAUUUUAUUUACUCCAAAUAGUCUUCUUUUCCUCUUGAAAUUUUAUCAGAGACUAUAAGCGUUAAGGUGGCUUGGUUAAGUCUUUGAAAUUUCACUCAGUGGCCGAAUAUUCUAAGGAAAGGGAACAAUUUGUUUAAGUAUGAUUGUAUUAUCUUAAGAAUCACACUGACUUAUUCAUCAUUACUCCAUGACUGGUUAUUUCUAAAAAGAUUUUUCUACUUAAAAAAAAAAACAAUUGUAAACAAGCUUUUAAAGAGGACUCACUAGUCACAGAACCAAAAAAAAAAUUUUUUUUUUUUUUGAGAUAAUCAUUCGCAUACUUAGAAAAAUAACAGAACCACUUUCCAUGAGCCAUUCCAAGCAAACUAUAGAACACACCGCUGGCUAAUUUGAUGAUUAAAUAAAUUUAAAUUCAUCUUCAUCCAAAAGCUUUUUGCAUUCAUGAUCUGAUUUCCAAAAGAGUUACUUUAUUCAAGGAACUUUAAGGUUGUGUCCUCCCCCACAAAAAAUCAGAAGGCCAGCAGCACAAAGAGAAGAUGAAAAUCUCAUUCUCAUUGCUACCAUUACUAGAAUAGAGUCCUCUAAUGUCACCACCCCAGCUUUUCCAUCUGUAAAGUUAAAUGUGACCAAUUUGAAUAUUCGAUGUGAGCAUUAGGUAAGAUACUAUGUAAAGUAUUAUAAAUAUUUCUUGCAAUCAUUUAUGUGAAUUAAGAUAACAAUAUUGUUAUCUAAGCGACGAGUAUUUGCAGGAUUUCUGUUUUUAAAUUGUUCAGACUAUAAUAACUACGGACAGAAAAUCUAUUUGUGAAUAAGUCAAGUAUUGUAGCAAAGUUUUUUAAACAACUUAAUUUGUUUAAACAGGCAUAUUUAUUUAUUUUAAGACCUUAAAUAAUAAAUACCUGUCUUAAAACAUUAGAAAUUUAUAGGCUAUCACUUUUUUUCUAAGCAGAAAAAAAUGUUGAUUACAACUCACCAUACUUUUUCCCAGCUGAAGUAUCAUCGAAGGGCUACAGCUCAGUUAGCAUUUUUAUUACCAAUCUUUACAGUCUCUCUUUCUCUCCUUUAUUUGACACAGAACAAAAUGUAUAUUUUAACCAGGAGAAAAUUGUAUUAAAUCAUCUUUAACAUAAUACAGGGAUAUAAAAUUUUAAUUUUUUUUCAAUUGCUUUAGAUUCCUUUUAGCCUCUCUUAUUCUGUUUAGCAAAAGGGAUGAUUUUGUUUUGUCAAGGAUACGACAGCAUGUUAAAUGCUUAUUCUUGUGUAAGCAUCUGACCUAAAAUACAUCCUGUACAUAGUGUUUUCAUUCAAUAUUAGUUAAAUGCUAUGCUACUAACUUUAUUAAUGCUUUAAAAAAUGCAAUCCUGUAAACUAUUAUAUUAAAGUCAUUGUACUCAGCAACAGUAAUCAUAAUAAAACAAUAUAUCUAGUGUAAUCUACAUGCAGUGUUCAGAACAGUACUGGGUAUCGUGAAUGUAACUGCUUGUUAUAGUAAUUCCGCUAUGCAGCUCUUGUGUGCAUAACAUGUACAUUUUAAAAUACAGUACUUGAAUUUAUAAAAAAAAAAACAUUUUAUUUGCUUUGGGGCAUUUUAAAUUGGGAUAUGAAUUUACCAAAGUAAAUGAUACCACUACAAUAA